UCUUUAGGGCCUAGUGGUAUACCGUUGUUGAUUUUGGGCUAUAAUGUAUAAAACUAUAUUACUUGAGGGGAAUAUAGGGUCAGGAAAGACAACCUUUAGUCAUUAUUUGAAGCAAUCUCAGAUAGCGAACAGACUCUCAAUACAUAAUGAACCUAUAGAAAAGUGGAGGGACCUAAACGGCCUUAACUUAUUAAAAGCCUACUAUAGGAAACCUGAUAAGAGAGCCUUUUUAUUUGAAAGUUAUGUUGCACUUACAAUGAUUGACCAUCACAGAGCAUUGCCUUGUGACGGGACAGACAUUAAGGUUAUGGAGAGAUCGUAUUUCUCCGCGAUUCGCGUGUUCAAACCCACACUUGUUGAUCAACACCUCAUGACUAACUAUGAAAGUGAGGUAUUCGAUGCUAUAGUUAAUGAACAGUUAUCUCAAUAUGCGGACGCCUUGAAAUACGAUCUGGUAGUUUAUAUCGAAACCCCUAUAGAUAAACUCACAAACAAUAUAUAUUGUCGAGCGCGGGCCGAGGAAAGUGGUUACAUACGUGUCCCUUACCUCCUUGAGCUUAAUCACUAUUAUAAUCAAUGGUUAGAAAACCUACCAGAGAAUAUACCGGUUAUUAAGGUUAUGAAUAAUUCAACAAGAAAACAAUUAGAGUUAAUGACCCCUACUUAUGCCGAGUCCAUUGUCAGAGCACUUGACAUUUAAAAGGUUGUGGGUAGGCGACCCGUGUGACGGCACUGCUGGGCGUCCGCGUUACAACCUAAAAAUGUUAGAUGCAAUUUGUAGGUAGUAUUGUGUAUGGUAUUGUAUGUGUGUGUGUGUAUA